UUCCCUUCAGGCUCCAGAACAAGUCUGGACUGCUCUGCUGCUGCUUCUGCUGCAGCCUGAGCUCAGCUUUCAGCCUCCAGAGCCAGCAGCAGCCCUCACAGUGCUGACAGCACCACGCAGAGGUGCAACCGCUGGAUUCCGCUCUCUGAGCUGGCUGCUGACCCUGGAGGUUCAUUGCGCUUUCUAAAAAAUUUGGAUUUGGACACUGGGGAUAAUACACGCCGCGUGGCCCCCUAAACCCUGUGUGAGUGGAUAUGCCACAGGUGGAAAGGUGAGCAGCGGCCGGUGCGCGGAGCAGGGAUCCUGAGGUUGUGAAGAUGUGGUGCUGGAUUUUCACUGUGGCUGUCCUGCUCUUGUCCAUGAAACAGGCAGAAGCUCAGGGCAGAUGUAAUAAUGUGCGAGCAGCAGAUAUUGUUUUCCUGGUCGAUGGGUCCUCCAGUAUUGGCAGAGCAAACUUCCUGCAGGUGAAGGGUUUCAUGGCAGGAGUUGUGAAGCCUUUUGCCAGCUCUGUGGGCGAGUCAGGUAUUCGGUUUGGGGCUGUACAGUACAGUGACACUUCAAGAGUUGAGUUCACCUUCAACACGUACCUCAAUGGCACAGAGCUCGUCAACGCAGUGCAAAAUCUAAACUAUAAAGGUGGGAACACACGAACCGGUGCCGGUCUCAAGUUUGUUGCAGACAAUUUUUUCAACGCCGCUUCCAAUCGGGAUGUCCCAAAGGUCACGAUCUUGAUCACAGAUGGGAAAUCACAGGACAAUGUGCAGGAACCAGCACAGAAGCUGCGCAGUCUGGGAGUGAGCGUUUUUUCAGUUGGCAUAAAGAGUGCAGACAGGAAUGAACUGGCUCAGAUCUCCUCACAGCCCAGCAGUGAUUUCACCUCCUUUGUUGGGGACUUCAGACUGCUAAACACUCUUCUUCCUCUUGUGGGCCCUCAAGUGUGUUCAGUAGCAGGAGGAGUCUAUGCCAGUGAUGAGGCAUUUUCUGGUCCAUCCAACCUUCAGUUCACGGGCCAGACGACUGAUUCUCUCCGGUUUCGCUGGAGUCCCGCCGGGGGCCCUGUUAGUGGAUAUGUGAUCCAGUACGUUCCACUCUCUGGCUUGGGUCAGCCAGUUGUGGCAGAAUUACGUCAGGAGACAGUUUCUGCUAGUCAGAGGACGUUCACUGCGCGAGAGCUCAGGUCAGGUACAGACUACCUGGUGACUGUCAUCUCCCAGUACCCCAACAGUGUAGGAGAGUCUGUUUCUGCCAAACAGCGAACCAGGUCAUUGCCUGGUAUCUCCAGUCUACGCUUGAUUCAGGCAGGCUUCUUCUCUUUGUCUGUGGGUUGGGAUCAGCCCUCAUCUCCGGUUCAGGGCUAUAGGCUUACCUAUGGACCACGAGGACAACCAUCCACUGAGCUGCUGGAGCAGUCACUAUCUGCGGACACCACAACUACCACCCUGGAGUUACUUCAGCCGGACACAGAAUAUGUCAUCAAUCUCUACCCCUUGUUCCCAAGAAAUGCUGCAUCCCCGUCUAUCCUCAAUGCUCGCACGUUGCGUCUGGAGACAGUGCAGCAGUUAUCUGUGGAGACUGUAUCAGAGGGCAGUGUUCGUGUAAGAUGGAGAGGCGUCGGUGGUGCACAGGCAUAUCGUUUGGUUUGGGGACCAUUUCAAGGUCGUAACGUAGAGACUGUGGAAGUCGCUGGUGGCAGUGAAUUCUACACUUUGUCCAGACUGCAGCCUGAUACUGAGUACAUUGUCACCAUCAUCCCACUGUAUGAACGCAACAUCGAGGGCCCCAUUGCAACGGCCAGAUUCAAGAUAGAGCUUCAGGAGCAGCAGGUCCUCAGAGCGACGACCACCAGCCCCUCCUCAAUACGGCUCAACUGGAGACUCAUUCAGUCCUCUCAAGGGUACCGCCUGGAGUGGAGGGAGGGAGAAGGAGGUCGUGUCCAGAGGCUAUCCUUUCCUAGAAGCACCACCAGCUAUGAGAUAACAGGCCUACGAGCAAACACAGAAUACCUCAUUACUCUGUACACCCUGUUUGAUGGCAGAGAGGAAGCCACACCAGUCUCCACCACAGAUAGAGAUGAACCGCUAGUAGGGACGGUGUCAAACCUGAGAGUGGUGGAGUCUUUGGGGAGCACAGUCAGACUCGGCUGGACAGGAGUAGCUGGAGCCACGCAGUACCGAAUCAUUACACAAAACACAGAGGCUGGAACAGAGGAAAUCCGAUUAAUCCCUGGAAACCAGACAAUUCUUGACCUCAGAGACCUGAUUGUUGGCGUGUCCUAUGGUGUCAGUGUGGCAGCACUGGUGGGGGAAAAUGAAGGAAAAACAGUUACAGUGUAUAUUAAACCAGAACAAGGUACCGGCAGAGUGACCAAUCUCAGAGUGACGAAUGCAAACAGCCGAAGAAUUCGAAUUGCCUGGGAAGGCGUUGGUGGGGCCACAGGGUACAGAGUAACUUGGAGACAAGGCAACAAUGUGGAACAAUCCCGUAUUCUGGGAGCUGAGGCCAAUGCGUUCACCAUAGACGGCCUGCAGCCGGAUGAGGGAAUUGUAAUUGGUGUUGCUGUUGUGGUUGAUGAGAUCGUUGGAGAAGUGGUUACACUGUCUGCAAGGACAAAUCCCACUAACGGAGUGUUAACUGGGCUUCGCAUCAUUGAUGUAUCAGAUCAGAGGAUCCGCAUUGCAUGGUCACUCUCUCCGAGGGCAACUGGAUAUAAGAUCUAUUGGCGACGUGAGGAUGGAGGUGAAUCAGUUCGUACUGUUGCUUCCAAUGUUUCUUCUUACACCAUUGAUGCACUGGAGGCAAAUUCAGCCUACAACAUUCAAGUCUCUGCGAUCUAUGGCUCUCGAGAUGGAAGUCCUUCCACCCUGAAUGUUCGGACAGAGUCGGACGCAUCUGUUGUUGGGACUGUGACUUCACUGCAAGUCCAGGAGGCCCGAGGAGAAGUUGUCCGAAUCACCUGGGUUGGUGUACAGGGAGCAACGGCUUAUCGUGUGUCUUGGAGGAGAACCGAUGGUGGUGAACAAAGGAGUCAGCUGGUUGGGGGAGAUGUAACAGCCGUGGAUUUAGAUCAACUUGACCCUGGAACUCAGUAUGAGGUGCAGGUCAUGGCUUUGGUUCAAAACAGAGAGGGAACCCCUGUGUCUGUCAGAGUCACCACACCGGGUUACAAUACCCCACCAACUACAGUAUCAGCCACAACUUUACGAGUGGCAGAAGUUACCCAGGAUUCUGUACGGCUUGGGUGGACUGCUCUCCGAGGUGCCACAGGAUAUGUUCUACGCUGGAAAGAGGAGACGGAUAUUGGUCGAGGUUUGUCUGUUACGCUGACGGCUGCGUCCAGCUCUUACCUGGUGACCGGGCUGCGUUUGGGCCGCCGAUACAGAUUUACAAUACAGCCCACCUUUGCGAGUGGAGUCGGAACAGAAACCUUUGUAGACGAACGCACCGUGUGUGUGGGAGGACGUCUGGAUGUGGUGUUUUUGGUGCCUGCAUCCACCGAUCGGAGUGGCCUUGCCAGACCUCUUCGUGAAAUCCUGACCAGUGUAGCAGGAUCACUCGCCACCAUUGGACCGCGAGACUCACAGGUGGGCGUUGUAGUUUAUGGCUUUCGUCCCAAAACAUGGUUCCUGCUCAGUCGCCACAGCAGAUCUGACACAAUGCUACAAGAGAUCCAAUCUAUACCUUUUGAUGAGAGCCCAGGAAAUAACAUCGGUGAGGCACUGACAUUCACCCGGCAGUACCUCCUCACCACCUCAGUGGGACGGAGGCCUCAGGUGCCCGGCGCUGUUGUCAUCAUUGCUGACAGAAAAUCUACUGACAACUUGACCACUGCAGCAAGCUCUGUUAGAGGUGUGACAGUGCUGGCUGUGGGAGUUGACCGUGCAGACACAGAGGAACUGCGUCGCGCUGUGACAGAUCGCAGCACCCAGAACAUCCUGUACACGCGUGAAGCAACGCGGCUGAACACUGAUCUGGCUGCUGAGCUGGCUGACCUCCUCUGUGGGAUAGCCAGAAUACCAGAGGGUGGUUCAGGUACAGAUCAAUGUACCAUUCAGUGUUCCCCGGCUGAGAAGGGAGAUCGCGGAGAAAAGGGUGAGAGAGGCAGGGAUGGUGUAGAUGGACGCAAAGGAGACCCUGGCCGGGAUGGUUUGCCAGGGAGAGAUGGCCCAAGAGGUCCUGAAGGACGUGCAGGACCACCAGGACAACCUAUUCCUAUAGACCCUUCUCUGGUGGUAAAAGGGGAGAAAGGGGAGAGAGGUUUCCCGGGUGUUGAUGGAAAUCCAGGGCUGCCAGGGCGACCAGGUGCUCCAGGAAAUGCGGGUGUCCCAGGUUCGCAGGGCCUACCUGGAGUUCGGGGCAACUCAGGUGAACCUGGAGGAACAGGUCCAUCAGGGCCCAAGGGGGAUAAAGGCGAAAGGGGUGAACCGGGAUCCUCUAUAAGUGGUGGAGGUCUUCCCGGGAGAAAGGGAGAACCAGGAAUCCCAGGAUUAGCAGGUAAUCCAGGUCGAUCAGGCAGCGAUGGGGCGAAAGGAACCUCUGGAGUUCCAGGAACACCUGGUCAAGACGGUCGCCCAGGGAUACCAGGAACACCAGGACUUUCCAUCAAGGGAGAUAAAGGAAGCCCAGGAGAGAGGGGUCUUCCAGGGGUAGGCAGCGGGGUGGCAGUGAGGGGCGAGAAGGGCUCCCCUGGUAAUCCUGGACCUCCAGGAACUCAAGGUCCCAGAGGACUUACUGGACCAGAGGGCAGGAAGGGAGAAAAGGGGGAUGGGGCUGUUGGGUUGCCAGGCCCUCCAGGAAAGGAAGGAGAGCCAGGAGACAGGGGUCCCCGUGGGCCUGCAGGGGAAAUUGGCACCAAGGGCGACCGGGGAUCGCCAGGCGAGGCCGGAUCACAGGGAGACAGGGGGGAGAGAGGACCGGCCGGUGAGACCGGGGAAAGGGGGGACCAGGGAAAGCCAGGAAACCCAGGAACACCAGGGUUGAGAGGUUUACCAGGAACGAGUGGCCCACCAGGAGAAAAGGGAAAUGAAGGGGCACGAGGGGAACCAGGCAGAAGUGCUACAGGCUUACCAGGAAAGAAAGGAGAUCGGGGGGAACAAGGCCUUUCUGGUCCAGAAGGUCAAAGGGGAGAGAAAGGAGACUCUGGACAAAAAGGAGAAAGAGGUCUUCCAGGUUCAGGAGGGUCAGGCUCCGGUGGAGCUAAAGGAGAGCAAGGAGAGCGAGGACCUCCAGGUAUUAGUGGCCGACCAGGUGCCAAGGGAGACCCAGGUGAGCCAGGAGAGACGGGACAAAGUGGGCGCCCAGGAACACCAGGAAAAUCUGGUCUCCCUGGAAAAGAGGGAGAAAAAGGAGACAAGGGUGAUGAGGGCACACCUGGAGAAUCUGGACUUCCAGGGAAGCCAGGAGAAAGAGGGUUGAGGGGACUCGCUGGUCAACCAGGACGACUAGGAGAGAAAGGAGACAUUGGGGACCCAGGAGAGCAAGGAAGAAAUGGCAGCCCUGGACCCGCUGGACCGAGAGGAGAGAAAGGAGAGCAGGGACCUCAAGGGCCUGUAGGACUGCCGGGAAAAGUGGCUAAUAUCCAGGGCCAGCUGAAAGGGGAGAGAGGAGAGAAGGGCGACUCUGGUGACCCAGGAGAGCACGGCAGCAAGGGCCUGAAGGGUGAAGCUGGGACUCCUGGAACUCCGGGCAUACGAGGUCCAGAGGGACCACGGGGGCCCGCAGGCACAAGAGGUGACGCAGGAGAAAGAGGAGCACCUGGAGACAAGGGAGAAAGGGGAGCAUCAGGCUUAGAUGGGCGUCCUGGUCUGGAUGGUAAACCAGGUGCUUCAGGACCUCCUGGACAGAGGGGCGAUCCUGGGAAACCUGGAGAUGCCGGGCGAGAUGGAUUAACAGGACAAAGAGGUGAGCCGGGUCUUCAGGGGCCAGUUGGGCCUCCAGGCAGUCCAGGGACACCUGGGAAAGCAGGAGAAGAUGGAAAACCUGGUCUGGCUGGUAAAACGGGUGAAGAUGGUGUUCCAGGUGAAGAUGGGAGAAAGGGUGACAAAGGAGAAUCUGGAGCAGCUGGAAGAGAUGGCCGUGACGGGCAGAAAGGGGACCGCGGUCCUGCGGGGCCUGUAGGCCCCUCCGGCCCAACGGGAAAUCCUGGAUUGCCUGGCAGCGUCGGUCCUCCGGGAGCGGUUGUGUAUGUAAAAGGAGCUGAAGUUGCACCAAUUCCAGGUCCACAGGGGCCCCCAGGAACACCGGGGGUCCCUGGAAUUCCAGGAGCCGUGGGAGCUCGAGGGGAGAGAGGUCCAAAUGGCCCCAAAGGGGAUGCUGGGGACCCAGGAGAGGAUGGGGCUCCGGGUAAACCUGGGACUACAGUGGAUGUACAAAAGGCUCUUGCAAGCCUGGGUAUUCUGGCAUCUGAUCUGAAGGUGGUUGUGGACAGGAAAGACACUCUUCUGGCUAAUUCAGUGCAAAAGGCACAGAAGGGUGAAAAGGGAGAAGGUGGUGAACGUGGACCAGGAGGACCACCUGGUGCUGAUGGUACUCGUGGUUUAGCUGGUGAGAGGGGCAUCAAAGGGGAUCAAGGCGACCGAGGGCCCAUGGGACAAACUGGCCCUCCAGGAAGAGCCAUUGGCGAACGAGGACCCGAGGGACCCCCGGGACCUGCUGGUGAGCCUGGCAAGCCAGGAAUACCUGGAGUUCCUGGAAGAGCAGGCGAGCUGGGUGAGGCUGGAAGGCCAGGAGAAAAGGGGGAGAGAGGAGAGAAAGGGGACAAAGGAGAAUUUGGUAAAACUGGAUUAACAGGACCAGCUGGUCCACCAGGUCAAAAGGGAGCAUCUGCUGAUUCAGUACUGGUUGGUUCCCCUGGGCCCAGAGGCCCUCCUGGACUUGCUGGACAGAAGGGAGAGCCUGGUGUUACAGGACUAUCUGGACAAAAAGGAGACAGGGGUUUUGUGGGACCCCGUGGAGAAAAAGGAGAUAAAGGGGAGUUUGGAGAGAGAGGGCGAGAUGGCUCACCGGGAUCUCCAGGAGAACCUGGCAAACCUGGUCAAGAUGGUAAACCUGGCUCAGCAGGGCCUGCUGGGCCUCGAGGCCAGCCAGGAAAUCCAGGAGAGCCUGGUAUGAGGGGGCCAACUGGCCCCAUGGGUCCCACUGGCUUACCAGGUCAACCAGGUGUGAAGGGCAAUCAAGGAGAAGCAGGCAUUGGAGUCCAGGGUCCUCCUGGUGCUCAGGGGAGCACAGGUCUGCCUGGACCACCAGGUCCUCCAGGAGCUGUGGGUCCACAGGGCCCCCCGGGACUGUCAGGACAGGUGGGUGAAUCAGGUAAACCUGGUGUUCCUGGAAGAGAUGGUGUCCCUGGUAAAGAAGGAAUUCCUGGAUUGCCGGGGAAGCAGGGAAUUGCUGGAUCUCCAGGUCAACCUGGCUUAAAGGGAGAACAGGGAGACAGUGGCCCUCCAGGGAAGGCAGUGGCAGGACCUCCUGGAACCAAAGGAGAGAGGGGUCCAGCUGGUCAAACACUUCCCGGCACAGCUGGAGAGCAAGGUCUACCUGGUGAAAAGGGAAACAAAGGAGACAAAGGUCCUGCAGGCAUUAAGGGAGAAAGAGGAGUGGCCGGUGAACCAGGAGAAGCCGGGGAAGAUGGGCCACAGGGUCCUUCUGGGCCGAAAGGAGAUAAGGGAGAGAAAGGCAUUGGACUGGCAGGUCCGCCGGGUCGUUUUGGGCCCCCAGGUUUAAAGGGGGAUCCAGGGCUCCCUGGUUCUGCUGGUCCCCCAGGACUACAGGGGAAAUCAGGGAAUCCUGGGCAGGCUGGUGGGAGCGGAGAAAAUGGACAGCCAGGACCCCCUGGACCUCCUGGGGAAAGGGGUCUCCAAGGAUUUGUAGGGCGUGCAGGAAAUGCUGGUGCUCCUGGUCCUCCUGGACUUCCUGGAGAGGCAGGCUCUCCUGGUACUAAUGGGAUCAAAGGUGACAAGGGUGAAGUUGGUAUCGGCAUUCCUGGUGCAAGAGGAGAGAGAGGAGAUCCCGGACCCAGAGGUGAGGAGGGUAGAGCUGGCACGGAUGGAGAGAGAGGACAAACAGGUCCUCCGGGGAUUCGAGGUGUUCGGGGAGAGAAGGGAGACGGCGGGCUACCAGGUGACAAGGGAGAGAAGGGGGACACUGUGCUGGUGGGAGGACCUCCUGGCGAAAAAGGCAACAAAGGAGAAACAGGUCAGCAGGGAGAACCUGGAGAACGGGGAUCCACUGGAUUCACUGGAGCCCGUGGCCCUGGGAGAAGCAGGCCAACCUGGAGUGCCUGGUGAAUCGGGUUUACCUGGAAAAGAUGGACUGUCUGGGUAUAAAGGGGACAAGGGAGAAAUUGGUAUCUUAGGAAUGAGAGGAAUAAAGGGUGACCGUGGACCCAAAGGAGUUUGUGGAAGUGAUGGACCUAAAGGAGACAAGGGAGAUGCUGGCAUUCAUGGACGAUCAGGCCUGCCAGGGAGAAAAGGUGAACAGGGCGAUGUUGGACCUCUUGGGGCUCCUGGGAGCCCGGGAAAAGAAGGGCUAGUUGGGCCCAAGGGUGAACGUGGGUUUGAUGGGGUGGUUGGACCCAAAGGGAGUCAAGGAGAGAAAGGUGAACGGGGACCACCCGGUGUGCCUGGUCCCCCCGGUCCCAGGGGUGUGGACGGGCCCCCUGGCUUGACUGGCCCACAAGGACCAGCUGGUACUAAAGGCCCUGAGGGACUUCAGGGUCAGAAGGGAGAAAGAGGUCCCAUUGGUCCUGCCAUGGUCGGUCCACGUGGUACCCCAGGGAUCCCAGGGGAGCGAGGGGAGGCGGGUGAGAUGGGGCCAGAUGGAGCCAAGGGAGACAGAGGAGAGCCAGGCAUGACGGAGGAUGAGAUCAGACAGUAUGUUCGCUCUGAGAUGAAUCAGCACUGUGGUUCAGGCCCCGACACUCGGUCCCAGCCCGCAGUCAGGGCUCGGCCUGCAACAGAGCAACAACUGGUACUGAAGGGGGAGAAGGGCCGUGAGCUGCGCGUGGUGGUCAACACCCAUGACCCAGACUACGAGCACAUCUAUUCCAUAGAGGCCCUGGACAACCCCCUGGAUGAACUACUGCCCUUCUCCACACACUCAAUCAAUCACAGUGAUGGUCAGGAUGACAAAAAGGAUUCUGAGAGAACUGUCAAAGUCGUACCAAAAAAAUCAGCAAACGCUGAUGCUCAGAAAACGCCAAAAAUUGAUGCUCAGAAAACAGUCAGAGUUACACCUCUGACAGCACAGAAAUCCAGAACAGUCAGGUCCACGGAGAAGGUCGAGGGGGAAGACCCAGCAGACGUGUGCCUGCUGCCAAUGGAUGAGGGGAACUGUGGACGUUACACCCUGCGCUGGUACUUCAACAGCCAGUCUCAAGCCUGUAGGCCUUUCAUCUACAGUGGCUGUGAGGGAAACCAUAACCGUUUCCUCCACCAGGAGGAGUGUGAGGAAUUCUGUCUCGGGGAGGCCAAAGGUCUUCCACCUCAUCAGACCGCACGAUGAUUGGGACCAACUCCUCUUCUGCCACAGGAAGGUUGGCAUCUCAAUGGAUUUUAUAGAACAUUUUGUGAAAUGUCAGUGUUUUUGUGUGUUUUUGUUUAUUUAUUAUUUCUUUACCCCCCUCCCCCCAAAAAAAAAA